AUGUUGUCACCAACAGAAGGAAAAAUAAAAAUACCAGAUUCCCCUAGACUCAAGUGCGCUGAUUCUCCACUAGGUACUCCAUUAGAGGAAUCAAGAAUCAGCUUUCAAUUAGAUGCUACAAUUGCUGGUUGUUCGAGAGCUGCAAAGAUUGAUCAUGCUUUAAGAAGGCCAAUCAGUAAGGAUUUCAAUAACUUCACGCCAUUUGAAACAAACCAUGAACCAAGAGACAUCGGAAGUAUUCUUGUUAUGGGUUUCAGCUCUUUAGGGUCGAUCUAUGGUGAUAUUGGCACAUCACCGUUAUACACACUUGCAGCAGUUUUUCAUGGUUCAGAUAACUUACAGAAAACUGACAUUGUUGGUGGAAUUUCAUGCGUUAUAUGGCUAUUCACGUUUAUUGUGGUGCUCAAAUAUGUGUUCAUUGUCAUGGUUUAUGGUCCAAAUAACGGUGAGGGUGGUCAAAUUGCCAUUUAUACCAAAAUAGCUAAUGCCUUGAGUAUUGGGCCUUAUUCUGAUGAUGAUGUGGAUCCGGAUCACAUAUCUGAUACUGAUUUUUUGUUAUCAAGAACAAGAACUUCAGAAUCCUAUUACGGUCAGCAAUAUUUUGUCUCGGAAUACUUAUCAAAGUUUAUCUUAUUCCUAUGUUUUCUUGGAUGCAGUUUAGUUAUUGCGGAUGGGCUUUUAACACCAACAACUUCUGUCUUGAGUGCUGUUGAAGGCAUUGAAAUCAUAGCUCCAGGAAUUGCCCAUAUGGUUGUUCCAAUAAGCUGUGGCAUUUUAGUGAUCUUGUUCUUCAUUCAAAGAUAUGGAGCUGAUAAUAUUUCGAUCGUGUUUGCGCCUAUAAUUUUUGUUUGGUUAUUGUUAUUGGGUGGUAUUGGUAUUUAUAACAUUACAUUAAACUUUUCCAUUUUGGAGGCUUUGAAUCCACUGGCAGGUUUUGAAUAUUUGAAAACAAGAGGUGCAUUGAAUGUUUUUGGUUCGGUAAUGUUAUGCGUCACUGGCACAGAAGCCAUGUUUGCUGACAUUGGUCAUUUUGGUAGGUUCCCAAUUCAGAUAACUUUGGUAGCUUUUGUUUAUCCAAGCUUGAUGCUAGCUUAUCUUGGACAGGGUGCAUAUUUGCUAAAUAAUUCAACUAACUUGGCUAAUGUCUUCUAUGCUUCUAUUCCUAGUGAUGAGAAAUUAUAUUGGCUUGUUUUCAUUUUGGCUAUUUUCGCUACUGUUAUUGCAUCUCAGGCAUUAAUUCUAGGAGUUUUCAGUAUAUUGAGACAAUUGAUUCAAAUAGAUUGUUUCCCAAAUUUCAAAAUCAUUCAUUCCUCGAAAAAUCAUUUUGGACAAGUUUACAUUCCAACUAUCAAUUUUUUGUUGAUGGUUGGCGUUAUAGGAACAACACUGGGAUUUGGAUCAAGCUCAAAAGUUGCUUCGGUUUAUGGCUUGGGGGUCUCAUUGGAUUUCUUAGUCACUACAAUAUUGAUUACAAUAUCGAUGAUUUAUGUUUAUAAUUUCCAUUUCAUUAUACCAUUGUUAUUCUCCUUAACUUUUGGUGGUUUGGACUUAUUGCUAAUUGCGUCAAAUUCCAAGAAGAUCAUUCAUGGUGCCUGGUUUUCAUUAUUGCUGGCUAUUGUAUUCACUACUUUCAUUACAUUUUGGUAUUGGGGAAGAUUUAACGUCAAGGAAAAUUUUGAACAUCCAAUAUUAUUAGAGAAUAGACUAUUCGAGGAAUUGGAUUAUGAUGAGAGGCCUAUUAUUCGAAAACAAUUUUCGGCAAUCACGUUUGUCUAUACUAAAAAUGUCAAUAUCACUCCAGACUUUAUGAUCAGUUCUUUAAACUCCAUCAUGGUCUUUGUGCAUAUCAACGUGAAGUCCAUUCCUUAUUCGGGGCCAUUCUAUGACAAUGUUGUUAUGGAAAGAAUUUCACCAGGGUUUUAUAAAGCCACAAUCAAUUUUGGAUUCAUGGAUGAACUAAUUGUGGACAGUGCUGUAUUGGAAAGGUUGAUAAGUGAAAUCUCCCCUGCCGAUUUGAAAGUCAUCUCAAAAUUGGUUGAUGCUGACGUUAUUCAUAUUAUUGAAAGUGAAAAGGUGCGUGCUAAAAAAAACUAUUUCUUCUAUGCAGGUGAUUGCACCACAACUGUCGGUGUUCUUAUGACUAGGUGGUAUGGAUUUUUGAAUGGUAUCAGAAAGUAUUUGAUUGAAUAUUUAUUUGCUACAAUUCAUGAUUUAUUCAACAGUAAUGAUAUAUUGGAUAAUGAAUUGAUUUUGGGUGAAGGUGAAGUUGAUGUGGUUUAUCUAGGGUCUAUAGUUCGUAUCUAA